AUGGUAGUCCCAAGACCUCUGCUCCACGCCUCCUAUCGUCUUCGUUGCGUCUCCAGUGUUGCUGUAGACAAAGCUCGCGUCGUCAUCAAUGUCGCAAACAAGGCUCGAUUUGCAUCGUCAUCUCUGUCUUCAUAUGAACAGGCAGUUCAAAACUUGCCGCAAGGUGCACAGAUCCAUUUGGAUUUUUUCGGAGAACCAAUUUCUUUUUUCGGUGUUGAGAGUGGAAGAAUUAUUGAAAAUACCGUUGCAGCGCUUGAUCGAUUUGAAAUCGGGCUGGUAACCAAAGGGAAGGCGUUUACCGGGGGGGGUGAGGAGUAUGGUGUAAGCAUCCAGGCGAGUCACUCUGCCGCACUUGCUUGGGCAGACAUGAUACGUCACGCUACAGUCUGGAAUUCAGAUGGGAAAUCAUCUCCAAUGCUAGCGCAUAUUGCGGUGUCACCUCUCUUGGUCCAAACCGGAGUAAAUUAUGUCAGGCGAAUCGACCAUUUGUUGUCACAAGUCCCUUCUGGCAUCGACGGCGUGCCUCGACUUCAAUUGUUGUCAUUGGCUCGACUCGCAGUGGAUGAGAUUCGAAACGAAGAUCUGGAUCCUAGAGAAACAGCACAUCUGAAGGUCUUGGACUGUCUCCUCAAGCAAAAUCACAAACUUGCUCUGGCAAUAUUGGGAAAGCACUUACAGGCUUGUCCCGGCGAUUGUCUUGGGUUAAGCUUACUAAUGGAUUUAGCGCAAGUUCUGGGGGACCAGAAGGCAGCGUCGCGGGGAGCAGGAGCAGUGGCCCAAUACUGGGCGGAGCGGCAAGGCACUUUUGUGAAGGCGAGCAUUCCGGGAUAUCACGCCGCCACCUCGUUGAUUGCUCUUGGUACGGCUGUUGGCGGUCGCCAUGACGUGGCGGAACAGCUUGCAUUGCAGUCCAUUGGCAAAGGAGAGAAAUUAGCUGCCGGAAUUUCAAGCUGGGCUCUAGCCCACGUCUAUGAUGCUGAAGGAAGAACUGCGGAAGGUAUCUCAGCCUUUGCGAAUACGGACGGUAUUAAGAACUUUGAGAGCUGUGGGGUUUUCUUUUUUGAUUCGAUUCUGGCUGGAUACGGAGUCCGUUUUGCUCUGGAUCGGGAAGAGCGAGGACGCGGGAAAAGCCCUGCGUUGAGACUAUACGACAAUGCAUAUGAGCGGGUGUUAGACUCAAAUUUAUUUGGACGGCGUGGUCAUUCAGGAAGUCAAAUACGGAAGGCACCGGUUGGCUGGCAGAGUUCCACUUUCAAGACGAACGAAGUCUCGCAAUCCUUUAUGUCAAAAGUUAUUCCUUUAUCCCGACCAAAAAACGAGGAACCUUCUUUGAAGAAUGACGGUCUUUCGGUUAGCGCCAGCUCGUCGAUGUCCUUGACAACACUCGAAUGGAAACCUAGCUGUGAAGAUGUCCUAACGUGGAUCCCCCCAACCCCUCAGUUCCUUGCGGACGCCACGUUGCUUCUUUUUCGGCUAACCCUGAAUGGAACCUUAUCUUGUGAGAAUUAUCGGUGGGAGAAUUUGAAAAAUGCCUGGUCUUUGUUGCUUGAACAUGACGGGAAAGAAAGAACCGAGACUGAGGAUUUAGCAUUCUUCCCUUUGGCAUGUAUUGCAGCUUCACUCCUUGUCCCCAUGAAACCAGCUGGGAACUUAUCUGGAGCUGCCGGUCGCUUGGCCGGGGCAAUGAAAAAAAUGGGAAUCCUUCUUAAUCUUGGAGAAGUUUCGCUCUCUCGAGACGACAUGCAGUCGGAAGAGACAAGUAUCAGUAAAAUUUUUGCGGAUAUUGUUGCGGACUCCAGCCCAGAUUUUUGGCUCCCUAGCAAGGAUAUCAAAGAUAAGGAGGAAUGGAAAGAGAUUCUGCGCUUGCUGUCUUCUGUAAUAUAUGGUGUUUUGGAGCAAGAAGAAGAUAGCGAUUACUUAAAUGCUGAACUUCUGGAUAGUUUCGAGACUUGGGAUUUCGACGCAAGACCAUUCAUCGAACAUGCGACUGUGUAUGUUGCUUGUAAAUGUGGUGAUUUUGAGAGCCUUUCGCUUGCACGAUCCAUUUGCAGUCGUGGGGUCUCGCUCCGUCCACAAAAUCCUGAGGAAUGGUGGAGAUACAGCAUUGUACUAGGCCUACUUGGUGAUGAAGUUGCAUCAGAGGAUGCGUUAAAUGCUAGUUUGUCUUUUGGCGGCGGGCAAGGCGUCCGACAUGAAUAA